AUGUAUUUGUAUGUCCUCUUAACAGAUAAAUCCACCUAUGAUGCCUCUGGUUCCCCGCCUUUACCGAUUGAGCCCACAGUCACGGGUGCUACUGUCCAUCUAUCGGCUGACCUGCCGGCUGCGGAGGAGGCGCCUCUCUCAUCCGUCCACUCAGAUGGUGACUCCGAGUCUGAGAGGGAAGGUUUGUCGGGGAAGCCUGCUUUUUCCUCUGUCUUAACCGUGAUUGCAGGAACUGUCAAACAUCCAUCAAGCCUUGAUCACAGUAGAACCUUGCCGAGUGUCAGCAAGGAAGAGACCCAAACCACCCAAUGGCCUUCACACAGUUCCAGCCGAAGUUUGGACGAGGUGUCCUCCUCAGCGUCCUCUGUGGGAGACAGGAUCCAUAAAGCCAGCUCAGGUCUGAUUCUUAGCAUGUCUGACAAACAGGGCACUCCACAUAAGGCCCUUGGCUCUGCCGUGUCCAGGCCAGAAGUGACAGCGUUGCUUGAUCUUGCAGAAGCAGAGACGGACGAGGCGGCUCCUGAAACAUCGAAGUCGGUUGUGCUCGCUUUCCCCAAAGAAAAAGAGGCCAGUCUGGUCCCGUCUCCAGCAGACAGGAUCCCCCUUUUUCCUGGACCCACCCAGGGGACAUCUCAGGUACCACUGCUGACCCCACAACAGGACACCACAACAGCCUCGGCGAAACCCCCCAGCACUACCGCGGCUUCAGCCACGAAAAGCCCCGCCCAUCCCACGCCAACCCAGCCCAGCUACACAACCACGACAAAGCCCACCCCUAUCACCAGGAGAACCACAACCACCGCCGCCGUCAGGUCUCACACCAGCAGGAGAACGUUCACGCCACCCGUCCCGAGAACAAGUCCCCCGAAGGAGGCCCCCACAGUCUUCAUCUCGCCCUUUACCACCACCACAGAGGCUCCCCCGCCACAGUGCAACAUCACAGAGAGACUGUGGGUGAAAACAGUUGUUUCCAUCUAUGUGAGAAGAAACAGGCUGGAUAGCAUUCAGAGGCAGAACCUGCGAAGGGGACUGAGUCAAGGUCUCAGGAAAGCUCUGAAUGAUACAUCUGCCCAAGCGCAGGUGGAGACUGUAUUUGGUUCUCCCAACAUGACAGUGGCUUAUCACGUGACUGGAGGGGAUAUAGUUUACCCCCCAUCGGUCGUAAUGGAAGCCUUGGCGUCCUAUGGCCGCGAUAAGCUAAUUGCAGACCUGCGACAGUAUCUUCCCUUGGUAACAGCCUUGCCCCUUCCUGUUGCGUUGUGGAGAGCCAGCCCUGCCACCGGCUUCCAGCUGAAAACAGUGUUGCAGUUUGUGGGAGCAGGUGAUAAACCUCGAUCCUGCCGCUUCUCUCAAAUGAUGGAACAAAGACUUGAGAAGGUGUUUUCUGAGGCACAGGCCAAAGUGUUCAACAGUAUGAGCAGACUCUCAAUACAGAUGCUGAGUGUGUCUCAGGCAGCAGGCUUCCCUGCUGUGUCACUGGUCUACGCUGUGAGAAAUGGGACCGUCUAUCUCAACGGUACUGCUGCUUCAAAUCUUCUCGGUCAGCUCUCUGCUGAGUUGGUGGGCUACUUCCUCUUCUAUCCGCCGCUCAUCAUUGCUGAGCUGAUCCAGGAUGUUGACAAUGCCAGCCUGGAGGGACAGUACCAAAGCUUUGCUAGUCUGAUGGAGCAGCGGUUGGCAGAACUGUUUGUGCUGGCCGGCCAGCAGGGCACUCGUUUUAGACGAGCUACAACUGUGGGCAGCUACACCGUCCAGAUGGUGAGCAUCCACAGAGUUUCAGGGGUAAAGAACCCAGCAGAGAUGACCUAUUAUGUCCAACACAAUGGCAUUCCCUUAUCAGGCACCUCAGCUGCCAAGGUCCUGAACACAGUUGAUUCUCAGACCAUGGCACUCACCUUGGGCUAUUUCGUCCAGCUGCAAGCAGAGCCUGUGGUCAAGAACCCCUCUAAUAACCUUUGGAUAAUCGCUGCAGUGUUGGCCCCAAUCUCAGUGGUAACACUCAUUAUUAUCAUCAUCACAGCUGUGCUGUGCAGGAAGAAUAAGAAUGACUUUAAAGCUGAUGCCAUCGGCAAUCUCAAUCCUCGAGCAAAGAUGGCAUAUCGGAGAGAUGUGGGCUAUUAUCACCAGCCAGUCCAGGGUUUCGACUACGCCAAGCAGCACCUGGGCCAACAGGGUGGAGAUGAAGAGACACUGCCUGUCAGUCAGGAUACAUUAGUGAUGUCCCUACAAAUCCGGGACACAUCGCUAUCACUGGAAAAGGCACUGCAACAAGACGGGACAGCCAACAAGAAAAGCCUCACCGCUGACAAACACAAAAGCAAGUUGCCAAGUGAAGAUGGUUCCGUCAUCAGCAACGAAUCAGAGAAGCCGAAUUCCGGCAGGGGCCUGACGGUACCGAAAGUCACAGCACAGCAGAAACUGACAAAGGAGGAAACGCGCAAGAGGGAUGAUCCCUAUGACACCUCCUCUGGUUCCCUACAGCUAAUCUCCAUAAAGCCCAUGGCGGCUCACACAAACUACUCACAGCCUACGUCUUCUAUCCACAGCCAGGACUCGGCCAUCGUCAAUGGAGAGGUCAGCUUGGCGCUGAAGCAGAAAUCCGACAUUGAGCACUACAGGAACAAGCUGAGACUGAAGGCUAAGAAGAAAGGCUAUUAUGAUUUCCCAUCUGCCAAUGGUGGCAGCAGUGGAGGUCGAGCCCUGGCGCAGAGACAGCUCUAUGGCAAUGAAGGGAGGGAAGCCGAUGAACAUAGCAGACCACUGGAGCCUGAUGAUGAGCGAGGGUCCACUUAUGUCAAGUCCCACAGGAGGCACUCCCAGGUAGGGCAGAUGGCCUAUCGCAGCAGACAAAGUUUGAGCAGCCCAAGCCCUGGAGGAACAGAAAUGGACCUGCUUGUAAUGAGAGAGAGACCCAGGAGAGGCAUCCGCAACAGUGGCUAUGAUACUGAGCCAGAGCUGAUUGAGGAGACUAACGUUGAUCAUCUAAUGGAGCCGAGGGGGUACAUGUAUGGCCGGGGGCUGAAAGGCCAAUCAGAAACGUCCACUCUGAGCUCACAGCCAUCGAUCGAUGAAGUGCGACAGCAGAUGCACCUGCUGCUGGAGGAGGCGUUCAGCCUGGCUUCGGGGGGGCAGUCCACCUCUGGAAGGCACGCCCACCAUCACCAAUCCCAUCCUAACCACUACAGCUCUGCGCCACCUCCCCUCCCCUACUCAGAGGUGGUGACCAGCGCUCCGGGCACAAUGAACAGUGGGCGUGGGGGCUUACAGUGGGCCCCCCCUUAUGGCUCAGAUAUGUAUCAGUGCAGCCUGCCUAAACCAGCCUUUCGCUUCACCCAGCUUCCCGAAAUGGCCAUGGGCUCCCCCCCUCCUUUACCACCUCGCUCUGGGCCUCCUCCCAGGACUUCACUAAGACGUUCCACCUCAGACUUGGGGCCUAAGGGAAGGAGCUCUGAGACAUCUGUCACUGAAAUGCGGAGUCAACAUGAAAACAACCCAUAUGGGCCAACCCCUAGAGCAGCACUUCCAUCCAUCACGGCGGAACAGCCUGUGUCCAACUACUCAGGAAACCCAAUAACAGCUGUCUACUCCAUCCCAGCUACCAGGCCUGGCUACUCAGAAUAUUUUGUCGCCUCGUCUCCCACCUCAUAUCACAGCCCCUCUUGGAUGUCCUAUCCACCAGAACCAGAGGAUGUUCCCCCACAGUGGGCGGAUUCUGUACCAUUGCCUGGGUAUGUAGAGGCUUUCCCUAAUCCACGUUAUCCACAGGGGAGCCCCACCAGGCUUCCCCUGGAGUAUCACCAGACACUGGAGCAGCCGCCCACUGGCCCCAGCACAGCAUCAGAGCCAAACCGGCCUCAGGUGCUGAAAGACAUGGACAGUAUGCCUCUGAGCAGCCUCUCCACCUCUGCACUCGUGCAGGCUAUCAGACAGGAAGUAGCAAAGCUGGCAAAGAAGCAGAAUGAUGUGUUCGAAUUCUAGUUAUGAUCCCCCCCACGUGUGCAAGAGAUAGUUAAAUGUGCAUUGGUCGUGAACAGAGACACACAAAGGAAAGACAUCUUCAGACUGAUUUUUAAUCUUUAUACUGUCUACAGACUGAUAUUCUAUACCUGAUGAUUAUCCACCUCUUAUUUUCACAUACCAUUGGUGUGUUUUUAGCUCUACAGUCAACGGAACAGAAAAUAUUAUUUUAACAAAAAAAAAAAUCCCUACUCUGUCAAUGAUGUCCCAAAUAAUCACACAUGCCUUUGUAGAUAUGUCAAAAGGAUUCGAAAAAUGUCAAAAAUAUCCUUUUUCGUUUUUGACCUUUUUUAAUAUGAAUCUGCAUCAAUUAACAAAAGAAAAAAAUUAACAUCGUCAUCUGUACCGAGAAAACCAAAUUCUCCCUGUCAGAUGGUAAAGUAUAAAUCACAGUGUAUAUGAGCAUGUACAGUUUAAGGACAUCAUGUAUCUAAUCUCCUUUUACAGAGCGUCAGCUUAAACGAGGCAGGCUUCAUCAACAUAAACUCACUUUAGCAUCCGUUCCAUAUCAUAAUGAUAUCAUAAUGAUUUUUGAGAAAUCUUCCAAAUGUUUGUUUACAUGUGAGAUAACAACAUGCCGUUGAUGCAAACAACGACUGCCAUCAUAUGUUGAGAGAUUUAAACUGUUGCUUCUGGUGAGUAAUGUACACAGUAUGAAAGUAUUUGUGUUUUCAACCAAAUUUAGUUUGCUGUAACGUUACAUAGGAUGCGUCCCAUGAAGCAACUUGUGGUGAGAAUGUUCAUGUUUGUGCUUCUGAUAUGGGUGGUUAAUCACCAUGAUAUGUUUGCACAAAAUAUGCAGAUUUGGAAAUUAGUGAUAGACCUUUGAAAGGCAGUUUGUGAUUUUUAAAAGAUAAUUUGCUUACAAGUGUCUCAAAAAAACAAAUUCUUUCAAAAGCCCGAAAUGGAAAAAAUUGUUGAAUUGAAAGAAUAUCUGUCAGAUGAACAUCACAAGAUGGCAGUUUGAUGUCAGUUACAGUGGUUUGAAGUUGUUCAGAUGGCUCUAUGCAUGCACAAGACAAAAACAAAUCUUGCCCUUGGACACAUUCUACAUUUUUAUUUCUAUUUUUCUCAUUUUCUAGUCAAGCUAGAAGUUUAAAGUGUGUUGAGUGCACACUCCUAUUGCAGGAAAAACCUCUCGGUGUCCGUCUGCAAAUAUAUAUCAUACAAAGUUCAUGAGCAAAAUUGGCUUUAAGCGAGCAUGGUUUCAAAACGACUCGGACUGUAUGUUGAACAUUUCAACAAGAACAAUUUUAGAGGAAAUGGUCAAAUUUCUCUCUGGAAUUUCAAUGUACCCUGAAUCAUCUGGUUUGAAAGGUUCAAAGUACACACAUAAUGUUUCCUGGAUAUUCUCCUUAAGGAACCAUUUUUGUCAAAUUAAAUAUCUCCAAAAGAGGUUUAAGAUUAGCCUGAUAGUAAGGUGAAAACAUGAGUACUAUUAAUAGAAAAUUACAGCUGAAAAACUCAUUAUUAAGGUCCAGGCUCAACAAGCUGCUGGGCAGAAUACAAUAUUAUUAGACCAAAAUGUUCAGGUUAAAGAAAAACAUCAUCUGGAGGCAGAGACCACAAAGGAAGGAAAUUAGCAUUUUUUAAUAGAGUAUUUGAGGAUCAGGCUGAUAUGUACAAUGGUGUGGAUUUAUUUUCUUGGAAUCAAUCAGCCAUUUCUUAGUUUGUUUUGGUAAUAAGACCUCCAUGAGGCCACCAUUCCGGGCCACAAAUCUGUUUAUGAACUGUUCAGUCAAUACUAUCACAUAUAAAUCAGAGAAUUAAUGCAAACUUGAAAAGAAUUGAUCUUUUCUUGUCGCGUAUCAGCUGGCAGGAGCUAAAUAAGAUAAGAUAGACCUAAAGAUGACAUGCUGAUAUGGGGAUAGCUCACAGGAUUCCAAUGACAUACUUCUAUCUAUAUCAGGAAGCUAGAGACUGGCUAUGAUGGAAUGUUAUAUAUUAAAAAACUGAAUACUUUUCAGAAUAUAUCGUAUUGCUGGAAAGUGGUUGGGUGUUACAAAAGAGAGAUCAUUAUGAGUGAAUUUGCCUUUAAAGGAUUAUUUCCUUUCACAAGAAAUGAUUGAUUUUUUUUUCAACAAGACAGGAUGAAUUUAGCCCUUUGGUUUUUGAACAAAAUAACAUGAAUAAUUUCUCCCCACAAGGCUCUUAAAACAAAUACUUAUAAAAAAUUCACUACUUUUCUUUAUUUUCUGUGAUUCAUGAUGGUUAUUCUGAGAAGCACUUGUAUUUUAAGAGCUGUAGCUAAUACAGAUUAACCAUUUUUGUGUAUUUCAGAAGUGAACACCUUUGCACAUUCUCAUGCUGGAUAACUGUAAUAUUAAAUAAAAGGGUCUGAGGCAAUUUAUUGGUAUAGAAAAGUGUCCAGUGUUUAUUACGAGACACCCCUUGAGCCAUGAUUUCAAUGUGGUUUGACGCACACGCACCAUCAUCCAGUUCUCAAACCUUAGGUGCCUGGAGAGUGGUGUUUCGUAGAUGUGUUGACGGCUUUAGAUGAUUAUACUGUAUAUUUGUAGUAACUCAUCAACAGCACAUCUAGUGUACUCAAACUUAUUCAUAAGGCUGUACAUAGUUUUGGUUUAGCAGGAGUAGCAGUUUUCCAACAUAAAGUAAUAUAUGAGUGUCAUACUUCUAGACCACCACACAACAGUGUGAGGAUGUAGCUUUUAGCCAGAGGCCCUGACUGUCUUGUCUGUUAGAGCAGAUUCAAUUACAUUAGUGUCACUGGCAGGUAAAAAAAGAUUGACUUCAAAUUAAUUGAGUGCACAUUGGCCUUUUUAAACUUUAACAUUUGAAUUACAGAUGUUACUUGAACAACUAGUUCCACAGCGUAGUGUACUAGUUGAUUUUUAACUUUAGACUUAAACAUGAGAGCUGGAGCAAUGAGGGAUGGAGCAAGAAAAAGGUGUAAGUGUGACUUUAUAAGAUGAAAACUCCUCAGAAAAUGUAAAAUGGGGGGAUUCACCAAUUGAAAAGGUCAACUUUAAAGGUUAGGUAUCACAUGGGAAUGUAAUGAACUUGUAAUGUUAAUGUUAAUAAACUGUUGAUGGAGGAAAAACUAGCAUAUGAGAGGAUAAAAUAUAGGUCUGAUGAGCACAGAGUCACAUUUAAUUUAUUCACUGACUGCUAUAGUUUUCAGAUACAAAAAAUGUUUCAGAAAUAAAUGCUGCUUUGAAAGGCC